UAGUCUAUCUUUCAGCAUCACACCAUUUACUUAUUCAUUAGCUAGUGAUCACCCAAAAAAAAUUUAAUAAAAUUACUCUUGCUAGCUCUAGAGCCACGGUCACAUCCAUGUCACGCAAGUCAUCCUUAAUUCAGUUGUUUUCUCUGUAAACAUUUAUUGCUGAGAGCAGAGAGAGAAAUGGAGCUUCAACAUUUCAGUCACAAGCAUCCCUUGACGUACAAGGAAGAGCAGAAGAAAGAAGAUGGUCGACUAGUUUUUUGCAAUGCAUGCGGGGAUCCUGUGCUUGGCCCUAGCUACACUUGCAACAAGUAUCCUCCUGGCUUCACUCUCCAUAAAUCAUGUGCCGAGCUACCCCGUGAGAUCGAACACCCUUUGCACCGCAAACACCCACUUGUUCUCCUCACACCUACAAAAUACACUUGUGCUGCCUGUGACCAACGUUACAAAGCCAGCUUGGCUUAUAAUUGUUCUUUAUGCCAUUUCAACCUUGACCUCAAAUGUGCUUCCAAUUGGCAAAAUAUUAUUGAAAAUGAUCGUCACGAGCACACAUUCACCAUCUUUCGGAAGCGAAUAAAAUUCAAUUGUGAUGCUUGUGGAUCAUAUGGGAAUGGUAUCCCUUACUUUUGCAGCAUCUGCCAGCUCCUAGUCCACAAGAGAUGCACUCCUUCGUUACCACGCGACAUCAAAAUAACCGGGCACCAACACUCUCUCAUGCUCACAUGGUCCCUUGAAGAAAUUCGCCGAAGCAACCCAUUUUGCAAAGUAUGCUAUACGAGCAUGAAAAAGCAUCGUGCCGUUUAUUCUUGUCAAUGCUGCGGUUAUGUUGCCCACACUAAAUGUGCAACACAUGAGAGCUUCCGUGAUGUUACAACCACCGACAUUGUUGAGGAUCAGUCGAAAAAUAUGAUACUUGGAGCGUCCCAGCAGAUCAACAUGGUGGAGUACCAAAGAGAAUUAGCUGAACAUCAAAUCAAACACUUUAGUCAUCAACAUCUCUUAGCCCUGAAUGAUGAGGUUAAAGAUGAAGACAAUAAAUCCCGUACUUGCGAUGGUUGCAUCGGGCCCAUCACUAACGCAUAUUAUAGUUGUACAGAAAAUGAACGUUGCCAUUUCUUCCUCCACAAAACAUGUGCUCAAUUACCUACAAAGCUGCUUCACCCACUUCACCCACUUCCUCUUACACUGCUCCCAUGGGCUCCUUCUACUGACCGUGUGUUCUGGUGUCACUUGUGCAGGAACCUUUGCCAAGGCUUUGCAUACUACUGUAGCAAAUUUGACUUAUACUUUGACCUUGAGUGCAUUUCGCUUUCAGAGUCCCUUACACAUGAGUUUUAUGAAGAUCGCCUCUUUUUCAACAGAAGCUGGGAGAAGUACUACAACUAUUGCCAUGGUUGUGAUACAUCUAUUGGAGAAACUUUUGCUCGCUUCAGUUCUCUGACAAAUGACGGCUAUCAUGAUAUCUUCAAUUUUUGUAUCCAAUGUGUUAAGGUACCUUUGACUGCUAAGCACAGAUAUGACGAUCAUCCUCUCAAACUCAUCUUUAAAAGAGAUGGUUAUUGUGAAAUAUGUGAAGGAAAACAAUAUGAACGAGAAUGGUUGUACUCAUGCGAGGAUUGUGACUUUGAUUGCCAUACUUAUUGCAUUCUGGGGAGGUAUCCCAAAGUCAAGUUAGGGAGUACUUUCAAGAUUAGUGCUCACCCACACCUAGUCACCCUCAUCGAUAAGAGAAAGAGCGUCAUUCCUUUCGAUAAGAGAAGUAGCAUUCUUCCUUGUCAAUUGUGCGGUGGACCUUGCGAAGGAUUGGUCUUUGAAUGCUCUAAGUGUCAUGUAAAUAUCCACCGAUCAGAAUUAUAUUGUAUAGGGAGAGAAAAUGAGCUUAACAAAUUGCAGCGUCCCUGCAUAUUCACGGAACUGCAACCUAAUCAGUAUGGUCGACUGGUUUUUUGCAAUAUGUGCGGUGACCCGGUCGUUGGCCCUGGCUAUAAUGGAAACAAAGAUCCUCCCAACCUCACUCUCCAUAAAUCAUGUGCAAAGCUACCCCGUGAGAUUCAACAUCCAAUGCACCGGAAGCACCCACUUAUUCUUCGCAAACCUAGAUACUACUCGAUGACUAAGUGUGAUGUAUGUUCCCAACGCUGUAGAGACAACCAUACUUACACUUGUUCCCAAUGUGACUUCAACCUUGACCUCAAAUGUGCUUCCAAUUGGCGAAACAUUGGAAAUUAUGACUGCCAUGACCACCAAUUCACCGUCCUUCGGAAGCGAAUGAAAUUCACUUGCGAUGCAUGUAACAAACAUGGGAAUGGUGUCGCUUAUCUCUGCAGCAUCUGCCAGCUUUUGGUCCAUGAGGAAUGCACUUCGUUACCACGCCAGAUCAGAAUAACUGCGCACCAACACCCUCUCGUGCUCAAGUGGUCCUUUGGGGUGGUUCAGCCCCGGAAUCAAUUCUGCAGAGUCUGCCACAAACCCAUGAAGAAAGAAAGAGCUGUAUAUUCUUGUCAACAUUGCAGUUGCAUUGCUCACAAUAGAUGCGUAAUGAAGGAGGACGUUCGAAAUGAAAUAAUUGCGCUGGAGAAAGAAAGGCAUGGCCAUACAACUACCAAAAUCGUUGACGAUGAGUCUAAAGCUACGAUGCUUGGUGAGGCCCAGCAGGGCGACGACCGGAUAGAAUUAGCUGCACAAAUCAAACACUUUAGUCAUCAGCAUUUUUUGGUCCUGAGAGAUGAAGUGCAAAAAGAUGAUAGAAUUACUUGUGACGGUUGCAUCGAACCGAUCACAGAUGCCUUUUAUAGCUGUACAAAACAAGAAGAAGAUGAUUGUCAUUUCUUUCUCCACAAGACAUGUGCUCAAUUACCAACGGAGAGGCUUCACCCAUUUCACCCACACUUGCUCAAACUCCUCCCAAAGGCACCGUCUACGGAUGGCAUGUUCGAGUGCCAUGCAUGCAGCAGCUUUAGCCACGGCUUCCUCUACAGCUGUGAAAGAUGCCAGUUCUACCUUGACCUCCAAUGCAAUACUCUUUCCAACUCUCUUACACAUCCGGCUCAUAGACACCCCCUCACCUUCAACACAAAGGAUGACAAGGGGCAGUCCUACAUAUCGUCAAUAAGAGGCAUAUUAAGAAGGAGCAACCCUUCUUGUCGAGGUUGUGGUGAUUAUAGUCAACCAGCUGUCCGCUUCAGUUGUGUCAACUGCAAUUUUCAUCUGUGUAUCCAAUGCAUUCAACUACCUCUUACCGCAAGUCACAGGUAUGACAAUCAUCCUCUCAAGCUCACACAUCGUCGGGUUAAACAUGAACUGGGAGAAUGUUAUUGUCAAAUAUGCGAAGGAGAACGAGACUCAACACAUUGGUUUUAUUACUGCAAAGAUUGUGACUUCGAUUGUCAUCCUCAUUGCGUUGUUGGGAGGUAUCGCCAUGUCAAGUUAGGGAGCACUUACAAGCAUGCUCACCAACACCUUGUCACCCUUGUUGAGAAGAAAAAGAGCGUCAUUCCUUUUGAUAAGAGAGAUAACAUUCUACCUUGUGAGGCAUGUGGUAAACCUUGUGAAGGAUUGGUGUUUGAGUGUUCUCAGUGUAACAUCAAUAUCCACCGAACAGGAUACUGUUAAAAGAAAAUUCUAAAUUCUCAGAAUGUCUAAGAUUUGUUUCAAAUUUACUGGUUCUGAUUCCAUACAUUUCAUACAUAGUAUGCAUAAUCACAGCUUAGCAGAUCAUUGUUGAUUUUCUGCUUGUCCCUUUGCUAUAUAAUAAAGAGGGUUAACCACUUAAUCUGUUCAAAUUUUAAUCAAGUUGGCAUCCAUAUGAUAUAGCAGCAGAGUAUUAUGGCCUUGUUGGUUUCUUGUUUGAGAAGCAGUCCAAAGGCUUCAGCUAUUAUCAGUUUUCACUUUUGCUUUGUAAAUAAUCCUCAUGAAUAUAAUUUUCUGAUCAGCAUAUCCAAGAUCACACAUUGAAAGCAGCAAAUUGGUUCAUGCACACUUUUAUGCAGGGGAUUGUGCCGGCAGAAUUCCUGUAAAAUAUCUUAUAAAUGAAAUUGUUAGAUUUAUUAAAUUUUUUUGUCUUGCUAAGUGAUGCAGGAGCACGUAGGAAGCUCUCUAAGAUUACUUAGGCCCGUCAGUCAAUUGGGCUAGGGUUCUAUUUACUUUAAAUUAUUAUUUACUUCUUUUAUUUUCCUAUUCUUAAUUACUAGGAUUUGGUUUAAUAUCCUGUUUAGGUUUUUUCCUAUGUCAAUUAGGUUUUCUGUAUUCUAGAAUAAAUAGGCUAGUUAGAGACUCUUGUAUGAAGUUUUUGUUAAUGAAUAUAUUCUCAGACGUAACUCUAUAGAGUUUCUGUUGGAAUUUCCCCUAGAACUCAAUUAUCUUCGUUCCAACUUCGGUUCUAUUCUUUAUCCUUCUAUUCUCUGUAUUUUGGGUAUGUUUGGGUUACUAGACAGCAACUUAUAACCGCUGCCCUGCAUCACUAAGCCUCCUAAAUUUGAUAUAAUAGAAAAGAAUGAAACAUAUGGUAAAAAGAAACCUAACAAUUUGGGGAACAUGGUGGCCCAAUCAAUGUAUCAUUAAGUAAUGUUAAGGCAAAAAGAUCCAAAUAAUUGCACAGGGUAUCAACUAAAGCACCUUUUGGCUUUUGACUAACUUAUCUACAUUGCUAAAUUUUAAAUUAUCUACGAUUUUGUUAAUGUUCCACAAUGCCAACAGAAGUUGUCAGCAUAAUAUAUCCAAAUUUGUUGAGCCUUCCGUUUAGUUCAACCCCAGAAGUUUUACCAGCCCUGUGACAUCAACACACUCAAUCCCUUGAAAGUCUCCAUGCUUCUGCUUCUUUGAGUUUAGGGUUUAGGCCCUAAACCCUGAACCCUUGGCCCAUUCUCUUCCUUGUGCAUCCUCUUAGAGCAUCUCCACCCCAAAGGUCUAAGGCUAAGGCAAGGGCUGCUACUAUUCACAUGAAUAGUGGUAACCUUGCCAUUUGUGGUUCACCCCAAAAUGCUAAGGCAAAGGCAAUUACUAUUCACUUAAAUUUAUUUUUUAUACUUAAACCAUUGAUUUUGAUAAG